AUGGCUGCUCGAUUCCCUCUAAUAAAGCAGCGAUCGUCCGAGUCGUCAAUCACGAAACGCCCUCGAACAGCGUCCGGGUCGGCGUCCACUCGAGUGGAACUUACACGACGUCUGACAAGACAAGUCUACGUGGGUUCCAUGGAGGUGUUACCCGACGCUUUCGGCACAGAAAAACCGGCAUUGGGCUCUUUCACCGUAGCGGUCAAAGUCCGGGCGCUCACUUUAGACUCGGGCCGGAAUGGCGGAGGGGGUCAUCGUACUUGGCAGGAAUGGCGCACGGUUCAGAAACUUGUAGCGCUAGAACAGGAGGCAGUUCGAAGAAGCAUUCGGAGCAGUACUGGCUGCAGUGUUUUGGACGGCCGACGCCAUAUCGUUCGCUACUACACGACAAAUGUGGAAAGCGAGUCGUUUCGCUUGAUUAUGGAGUACUGCCCCGGCAGAGACCUGCUUUCGCAUUUGAUUAGCAGAGGUGCGUUAGGUCCUCAGCCUUCUCAACGGGUUUCGCAACAAGAAGCGCGUCGUUGGGUCCUACAACUUGCAAGAGGGAUGCGGUAUCUACAUAUGGGCGGCAUCGCUCACCGUGACUUGUGUCCCGAGAAUAUCCUCAUCAGCAGCACUGGAGAUGUCAAGAUCUGUAACUUUGGUGCCAGUACCACUCGAAUAACAGAACUCUGUCGUGACCGAGUGUCGGCCAAUCUGCAUUACACAGCACCCGAGGCUGUAAGUGGCAUGUGGUACGAUCCCGUUCGUGCCGACGUGUGGUCAUUGGGUGCCGUAUUCUUUGUCUUGUUGACAGGUUCACCACUGCUGCGACUACCCUUUCCAGAGUGUCGUGGAUUUGAGCUCGUGAAAACUGUCGGUUGUCGAGGAGUGCUAAGAUUGUGGGGAAUGGAUUGCUUGUUCUCGGCUGCUACUUUGGAUCUACUUGCAAAAAUGCUCACGGUGGAUCCAGCCAAGCGACUUAAAAGUAUGAGAGAAGUCUUGGAGCAUCCUGCUAUGCUCGCUACAGCUCAUAAUGAACGUAGUCUCAUUGCAGUUUGA